CGCGGACGCUCUCCACGUGAUGCAAUGCGAUCAAAAUAGCCCGCUUAUCUGAUUUGAUGCAGAUUAGAUACACGUUGGUCCCGUCGCAGUCUAGUGCGCUCAUCCCUCCAAGUUUCCGCGCCCCCGCCUCCCAGUGCUCGAUGGAGGCCGUCUGCCGCGAUGAAGCGGGAUUUGGGCCAGCGGCGUCCUGCCGCGCGAUGGACUUCAGCCUUGGGUUCCAGUACCGCAUCCUCGCCAUCCUUCCCGCUGCUGUCUUCCUUUUCCUCGGCAUUACGCGCACGACCGACCUUUGGCGGAGGCAUUCGAUCACCAAGUCGGCCCUCGACGCGCUCGUAUGCGUGAAACUUAGCUUGUACGCGGUGCUUCUGGCAUCGCUGGCUGCAACCCUAGGCCUUCUCCCCCGCGAUGGAUGGGCGGAAUGGGCGACCACGGCGUUUGGGCUCGACCUGGCGGCGACGGCUUUUUCCCAGGUCGUCCUCGCGCCGCUGUCGUACCUGCAUCACACCCGCCGUCCGGCUCCCAGCACACUCAUCACCUGCUAUCUCCUGCUCACUACAUUAUUCUCCGCGACCCAGCUACGCACAUACGCGAAUACGCCUCUGAAGCACCUGCAGUUCUUCCCCGCAUUCGCUGUCGCAUUCGGCGCGCGAGCAUGCUUGGUGUUCGUUGAGCUCACGCACAAGCGGAGGUUCCUCAGGGCGUCGCACAAGCCCGUUGCGCACGAGCCGACAGCUUCCCUGCCCGCGCGCCUCUUCUUCGUCUGGCUUUACCCCGUCCUGAUCAGCGGCUUCCGACGCACCUUCACACUCGACGACCUCAACGCCUUUGGGCUGCCCGAAAACCUGUCCUCCGCCCCUGCCAACCGCCGCCUCCGCGAGAUGCUCGCCGUCGACAAAGGCAAAGACGGCCGACACCACAUCUUCGGGCCCUCCAUCCGCGCGUUCGCGCCCGAAUUCCUCGCACCGGUGACGCCGAAGCUGCUCUUGGUCGCGGCGACGUUCGCCCAGCCGUACCUCGUGAAGCGCAUGCUCAGCUUCAUCGACUCGUACUCGGACGACAACGUGCACCAGGACGCGGCGCAGGGCUGGGCGCUCGUCGGGGCGUACGCGAUCGUGUACCCAAGCAUUGCGUUCUUGACUGGGCUGUAUUGGGACCGCGUGUACACGAUGGUCGUCACGUAUCGCGCGGCGCUGGUCAGCGUCAUCAUGGACAAGUCGAUGUUGCUGUCCGCGACGGUGGCGGAGAGCGAAGGACGCAGUGCCGCGGUGACGUACAUGUCCGUCGACGUCGAGCGUGUCUGCGAGGGCAUUGCGUUCUUCCACGAGACGUGGUCGGCGGUCGUAUCCAUUGUCGUCGCAGCAGUGGUUCUAUGGUUCCAGGCAUCCUUCGCCAUGAUCCCGCCCAUCUGCAUCAUGGCCGGCUUCUGCUUCAUCACCAGCUGGGUCGGCAAGCGCGUCGCCAAAGCCCAGAAGAACUGGAUGGGUAGCACACAAGCGCGAAUCAAAGUCCUGACGUCGGUCAUGUCGCAGAUCAUCCCCAUCAAGCUACUGGCCGUCGAGCUCGCCGUGCCCAAGUGGGUAGAGCCUGUCCGCAACAAGGAGAUUGCCUUCUUGCGCUCCUUCUUCAAGCAGCUGGUCAUCGUCGGUGUCCUCUCUUCAGCGACGAUCAACUUGGCCGGCGUCUCUGCUCUUGGCACAUACGUCGGCAUCAAGGACGAGCAGCUGAGGCCGGAGCACCUCUUCACAAUCCUGACGGUGGUCAACCUCGCCACGCUGCCAAUCAGCACCGUGGGCAACUGCUUCCCGCUCUUGCUGGCGUCGUUCGCGAGUAUGAAGCGCAUCGAGGGCUUCUUGUCCAUGGAGGAGCGUCCGGCAAGCGAUGGGUUGCGGCAGACGGCGGACCUGAAGCUGCUGAACGAGGACUUGGACGACGGAGAGAUGACGGCGAGGUCGUCGAUCACGGCAGUCCCGAGGCAGUUGCAGCUGUCGCAUGUGACGGUCGAGGGGAACACGAGUGGCAAGGCACUCCUGUCCGACGUGUGCGCGAACAUCUAUCCGAACAGCCUGAACAUGAUCGCAGGGCCCGUAGGAUCGGGCAAGACGACGUUGCUGAGGACCUUGCUCGGCGAGACCAAGAUCGUGACGGGGACCGGCACUUUGCCGACGGGACGUAUUGCGUACGCACCCCAGGAGGCGUUCGUGUGGCCGACGACUGUGCGCGAGAAUAUCGUUCUUGAUAACCUGUUCGACGCCGAGUGGUACGAGACCGUGAUCGAUGCGUGUGCGCUACGCCCCGACCUGGCGCGUAUGGACAAGGGCGACAUGACGGUGAUGGCAGAUGCCGGAGGCUCCGUGAGCGGUGGUCAGAGGCAGCGGAUCUCCCUCGCGCGCGCGGUGUACGCCCGCUGCCGCGUAACGCUCCUCGACGACUGCUUCUCGGCGCUCGAUGCGCACACAUCCAACGCCGUGUUCGACGCGCUGUUCGGAAGUAAGGGCCUCUUGCGCGGCGGGAUCGUUGUGCUCGCCACCCACAGCCAUCGGCAUCUCGGCGUCGCGGACCAUGUCAUUGUGCUCGAUGGGGGGUCCGUCGUGGCAGAGGGGACGCUGGCGGAGCUGCAUGCGCACCAUGUCGACCUGCGCAAGUAUGUCGGCGAGCAGAAGGACGAGGAGGAGCAGGACAUUGCGGACGAUGACGAGUCUGCUGCGACCGCGGCGGGGACGCCUACUACACCUGCCCCCGGACCCAUGAAGACGGGGAUGCAAGCGCCUGCGAAGCCCAAGGACGCGGAGAACGACAAGAAGGAAGCUCCCAGCGUCUCCUCCUGGGCGCCCUACCGCUUCUACCUCCACGCCUGCGGCUACCCGCGCCUCCUCCUCUGCCUCGCCUGCCUUAUCCUCUACACCGGCAUGCAGGUCGGCCUCCAGAUCCUCCUCCGUUUCUGGUCCGAGAGCGGCUCGCGCAACCACGGGCCCUGGCUCGGCGGCUACGCCGCCUUUACCGUCGCCUGCUUCCUCGCGUCCUUCGUCACCAUGUACACCUACACACAGCACACCGCGCCGCAUGCCUCGCUCGCGAUCCACGCGCGCCAGCUCGACGCGGUACUCGGCGCGCCCGUCACGUACUUCCAGCGCACGCCCGCGGGCAUGCUGCAGAACCGCUGGUCGAGCGACAUGUUUGUGGCCGACUUUGCAUUCCCGCGCGCGAUCCAGGAUUUCACGUUCACCGCGGUGUAUGUCAUUGGCGCGGUCGUGCUGAUCCUGAUUGCGGUGCCCUGGCUGGCGAUCGCGGUACCAUUCAUUGGGCUGUUCUACUGGUCGCUGCAGCGCGUGUACUUGGCGACGUCGAGGCAAUUGCAAAGGCUCACGAUGAGCUCGAAGACGCCGAUGUACACCGCGUUCACGUCUUCGCUCAACGGAUUGGUCACCAUCCGCGCUUUCCAGGCUGAACGUCUCUUCAAGACCGCCUGCGCCCAUCACCUUGACCGCGCGCAAGCGCCCAUGUACUACCGUUACGCCGGCAUCCGUUUCCUUCGCACUGCGCUCAACCUUCUGACGGCACUCAUCGCCAUCGCCAUCGCGGCGCUCGCAGUCGGUUUGCGCGGUUCAACUUCCGGUGGCUUCCUCGGCGUCGCACUCUCCCAGCUCGUCAGCCUCGCGCAGAGCCUCAUCAACCUCCUCCUCGCUUACACCCGCGUGGAGAACGGUGUCGUCUCCGUCGAGCGUGUCUUCGAGCUUGACUCCCUGCGCAAGGACUACGACCCGGAGAAGGACGCCAAGGUCGACCCGGGCCCGAGCUGGCCGAGUGCGGGGCAGAUCGAGUACAGAGGCGUCAGCCUACGCUAUGCGGAGGACUCGCCGUAUGUGCUGGACGACCUGACCUUCACGGUGCGCAGUGGGCAGAAGCUGGGUAUCUGUGGGCGCACGGGCAGCGGCAAGAGCAGCACCGUCUUCGCGCUGCUCCGUGGGCUUGAUCAGGAGGAUCUUGUGCAGGGCCAGAUCCUCAUCGACGGUGUGGACAUCUCGACUGUGCCAGUCAAGAGGCUGCGCGAGGCAAUCAGUACCGUCUCCCAAACGCCCUUCCUUCUCUACGCUUCCCUUCGCGACAACCUUCUCCUUGGCUGUGCGGAAGGCAUCGACGAUCAGCAGAUUUGGUCUGCCCUCGAUCUUGUCGGCAUGAAGACUGCUGUGGAGAACCUCGACGGCAAGCUUGACACCUUGAUCUCUGCGGACGGUCUUCAGUUCUCUGGCGGUGAGCGUCAACUGCUGUGCAUCGCGCGCGUACUCUUGCAGAAGCGCCGCAUCGUCGUGCUCGAUGAAGCGACGUCUAGCAUGGACAUGGCUACGGACAAGAAGCUCCUGGAGGUACUGCAGACAGCCUUGCGCGAUACGACUGUUAUCUCGGUCGCGCAUCGUAUCUCUACCAUCAUCGACUAUGACACCGUUAUGGUUAUGGCUGACGGGCGCAUCGUUGAGAUUGGUGUUCCCCAGGAGCUCCUCCGCAUGCCUGGCUCGCGCUUCGAGGCGCUGCACAGGGACCAGCAGUAGAGUUCGGUCUUUAAGACUGAUACUCCUCACUGCUGCUGCUUGUCCUUGUGACCCAUCUGUCACUUCUCAUGUCUCCUACGACCCGCCUCUCGAUUUGUACGUCCCCCCGAUGACUCGAUUUACUAAAAUAAUGGCGAAGGGCAAGCUAGGAUUGCACCUUCAUUUAGCUUCAUCUACGGUACCGCUGCAACACCUACUGAUAUUCCAGAGAUACCUGUAUAAUAUAUAUUCACCCUUGGAGUACGAAUAGAUGUUGUUGGCAUUUGUUCGUCGAACAGUAGUGUCUGCGCGCGGGAAGGGCGGUGUGCCACCAGUGCCACGGGGCGGUUAGCUGUCGUUUGCAAGUCAUACUCAUGCACUAGGC